AUAUGGAAUAAAAUUAUAUUAAACUAGUUAUAGUAGGUGAAAGUGGAGUUGGUAAAACAUAGAUUCUGAAUUCUUACUGUUUUGGAUUGAGUCCUUAAGCAUCAACUGGAGAUUUUACAAUAGGUUGUGACUAUGUAUUGAAGAGAGUUCUUUUUAAUGGUAAAUUCUUAAAAUUAUAAAUCUGGGAUGUAUCAGGAGCUGAAAGAGAAUCUCCUUUAAUGAAAAUAUAUUUGAAAGGAGCAUUGGGAAUACUUUUUGUAUUUGAUGGAACAAAUGAAAUGAGUAGAUAAUAAUUAGUAAAAUGGUAAAAUAUUGUAUAUCAAUACGUUGAUGAAUAUAAUGGAAGGCAUAUUCCAUUUUUAAUAGUUUAAAAUAAGAUGGAUUUGGUGCAUAAUUAUGAUGAAUAGAAUUCAUAGCAAUUUCUAUAAUAAUUUUGUUAAACUUUUGGUUUCUUUGAUGGUGUAUAAUGUUCAGCAUAUGAUAAUUAAGGUUUAAAGAAUGUAUUUGAAACAAUAGUUGAUGAAAUAAUUAGAAGAGAUUUAGUGGAUUUGUAAUAGAAAAAGAAUGAGAGUAAAAUAAGUAAAUUGUAGAUAGAAGACAAAGGAUUAAAACUUAAAUAAAAAUCCAAAUGUUCAUGA